AUGAGCUCCAACUUCGAGGAGUGGAUGAAGAUGGCCACAGACAAUAAAAUCAAUGCAGCGAACUCCUGGAAUUUUGCUCUUAUUGACUAUUUCCACGACAUGUCUCUUCUGCGCAAUAACACCGACAAUUCCAUCAAUUUCCAGCGCGCGUCCUGCACUCUCGAUGGCUGCGUUAAGAUCUGGACAAGUCGAGUCGACAGUGUCGGUACUGAGACCGGUAAACUGCUGAGCAAUCUUGCCAAUGAAGGCAGGGGCGACGGCGCAGAAGACGAAGAAGGCGGGAAUUCCGACAACCCUGACGGUCAAGACCCGACCCAAGGUCAACGAAAACGUAAAGCACACAGAGCAGAGUCGACUUUGGCAAAAUCUGUUGUUCAGCUCCGCAGUAAGAAGCUUGACCUCGAGUUCAGCGUCGAUCCGCUGUUCAGGAAAACAUGUGCUGAUUUCGACGAGGGCGGAGCACACGGCCUCCUCAUGAAUCACCUUAGUCUGGGCGUAGGCUCUGACGGUAGUCUUCGAGUAGUCUUUGACGCUAGUGAUUCCAUGGGGAAGGGUGGCGAUGAGGAAGAACCUCUGGAGGAACCGCAAGAUGAGGUCGAUCUCAGUGAACUCAAAAAGCAAUUCCUCCCUUCCCUUGACGUUCUCGAUGACAAGGCUAUCUCCCACUCGCUGGAGGGCUUUUCCUUCUCCAAGGAUGCAUUCUCCUUUGAUGAGACAACUUUCUUCAGAGAAGAUUCUGCUAUGAUUGAUGAUGACGAUGACGACAACGACAAUGAUCCUGGCGUGUUACAUGGGGAAGAUCAUGGAGCGCUUCAGCAGCCGCCGAUGGAUGUUGAUUCAGAAGCUGCUGCUCCCGCCGAGGAUUUUUUUGUCGGUGAGCAGGCCGUGGGCGGUGACUUCAACGCCGGAAAUUUUGACAAUGGCGAUAAUUAUGGCGGUAAUCAUGUGCCAGACGGACCUGAGGCAAUGCCUGGCCAGCCUGGUCAGCCAGGUGCAUUUGUCCCCUUUGAUCCUAGACGAGUGCCAGAUGAGCGCGAUCUCGUCAUGGCUAUGACAGACGGCGGCUUGAUGAUGGACUACUUUGACCAGACAUUCCUCAAGAAUUGGGCCGGUCCCGAGCAUUGGAAACUGAGGAAGGUUGUUCGAAAGUCUGAGCCUUCCGAAGUCGCUGGUCCCAAGGCCAAGCGAGAAAAGAAGGAAGCGUUCAAGAUUGAUUUCCUCACUUCUUCGGAGAAGGAUGUCAAGACGCUCGCCAAAGAAUUGUUUGCACCCGUUGCGAAAGGUGCCGGAAUCAGUCUUCCGGCACCUGCAUCCGGCAAAGCUAGCGGUCGCAGGAGCAAGAGCAAAAAGGGCAAGGAGAAGGAGAAGCGGAACGACCAGACGCUACCUGACGAUAUGCACUUUUCAAGUCGACAGUUGGUUACCCUAUUCCUGAAGCCAAAAUUCUCGUUGAAAAUGCGCGGUCGCCGAGUCCGUGGCCAUGACCGCGGUGAUGGAGAAGUUGACGAGAAUUUCUGGGCGCAGGCAGCUGCAAAUCAAGCAGCCGGCCGGGUGGACGAUGACGACGAGACGGUGAAUGGUGGCACCAUUCCGUUCAACACUCAAUUCUUCCACGACGAUUACGACGAUGCUCCCGGUUUCGAAGAUAUAUAUGACGGCGCCGACCAAGAUACGGUCGACCAUCUUGAGCCGGGUGAGCAGGAUUUACUGGCAGCCACUCAGGGUCAGACUAGGCGCGUACGGCCAGAAUUUGUGAAUUACGCGAAGCGGGCGAAGAGGGUCGACGUCAGGAAACUGAAGGAGAAUAUUUGGAAGGGCCUCGAUAUUGUCGUUCCUGAAGGAAAGGGUGCAGAUGAAGAUGAAGAUGCCAUGGACAUUGAUGGUGAUGGUCGGGCUGCUACAGAUCCCGCUGAGCCUCGAGUCUUCACUUCCGUCAUCUCAGGUUUGCAAAAAGCAUACCCCAAAGAGAAGAUGGAGGAAAUCAGCACAAGCUUUUGCUUUAUCUGUCUUCUGCAUCUCGCGAACGAGCGUGGUCUAAAGCUUGAGACUGGUGCUGGAGGUGCCGAUGAUCGCGAUGAUGAUCGUCCAGUAGGAAAUAUAUGGGAUCUGAAGGUGUACAGGGACCCAAGCGCAUAUCUAGCGACAGUAUGA